UUAAUUGCUGAAAAAAAUGUCGAAUUUUGCCUUAAUUUAUAUAAUUCCAAAUCGUAGCUAUUUUCCUAAUAUAUCUCAGCGUAUUAAUUAUAGAUACCGACAAACAAAACCAAAUGUUUUAUAUACAGCAACAGCUAUAGAAAAUGUGCGUGCUUUCAGCAUCUCGUUGUUUGGCUUGCACAUUUAGGCAGUAGUUUCGGAACGUGGUGGCGCUCGAACUUCUUGCAAACCUGAAUUUUUGUUACUUUGUGGUUGGAUCAUUAAUGAAUACAUCAGCUGGCAUAAUUGGAAACCUUGCUGUGCUGUCAGAGUAGUAACUUAAAAUGAAAGUCCGUCGCAACAAUAAGCUGGCGCAUUCUUUGCCACAAUUACAGAACCUUGUCAAGAGGGAUCCCACUUCCUACAAUGAUGAGGUCCGUCAGCAAUGGUCGCAUUACCGCGCACUGUAUUCGCAACCGUCAGAGUACACAUCGGAAAAGUUCGAGGAGCUGGUUGUGUUCUUGGCCAAUGUGUGCCAAUAUUACGAAUUUAAAGAUGAAUUUAUUCGCGAUUGUAUGGAACUACUGAAAAGCCAAGCACAGCUUUUCACCCCUGAUUCAAGGUUGUGCAUUUGCCGUGCUCUGAUCAUGAUUCGGAAUAAGGGUCUCCUUGAACCACUGCCUAUACUUGAACUUUUUUUCGGUAUGUUCCGGGUAAAGUUCGAUAAAAAUCUUCGCGAAUUCUUGAAACAGCAUAUCGUUGCUGACAUUAAGAACACUAAUCGGAGAACCAAAUCAACUAAGCUAAACAACACGUUACAGAACUUCAUGUUCACCGUUCUCAACGAUAGCGAUACACAGGCAGCAAAACAGUCGCUUGAUUGUGUUGUUGCCUUAUAUCAGAAACAAGUGUGGAAUGAUGCGAAAACGGUUAACGUCAUUGCGGCGGCAUGUUUUCAUCCCGAGCUGAAAGUAAUGGCUACCGCCGUCAAGUUCUUCCUAGGAACCGAUGAAGACAUUGAGCAGCAGCCCUCGGAUUCGGAUAGUGAGUCGGAUACACCCGAUAUCAAAGAAGCCCUUUUGACGCAUCGGAUAAACAAAAAGACACGCAAACGGAAGCGAUGGCUUGAAAAUAUCAAGAGAACGGCAAAAAAGGCUAAACGAUCGGAUAAGGCACCAAGCUACAACUUUUCUGCUCUUCAUCUCAUUCACGACCCACAGACGAUGGCCGAAAAGCUUCUUAAAAAAGUCGGCACACUCAAUGAGCGAUUUGAGGUUAAACUUAUGAUUCUCAACCUUAUUUCGAGACUAAUUGGCGUUCACCAAUUAAUAGUCUUCAAUUUCUAUCCAGUAAUCAUAAGAUAUAUUCAGGCACAACAACGCGAAGUUACCAAGAUCCUCCAAUACGCCGCACAAGCCUGUCAUGAUCUAGUUCCGCCAGAUGCUCUCGAACCAGUAAUCCGUGCAGUGGCAAACAAUUUCGUCUCUGAGAGGAACUCUGUUGAAGUGAUGACCGUCGGUUUGAAUGCAAUUAGGGAGAUAUGCCUUAGAGCCCCACUUGCCAUGGAUGAAGACCUUCUUCACGAUCUCGUUAUGUACAGGGGGUACCGAGAUAAGAAUGUUAGCACCGCUGCUCGAAGUAUCGUUGCCCUAUACAGACAGGUGAAUCCAGAGCUUUUAAAAAAGAAAUAUCGUGCUCGCCCGACUGCCGAACAACAGGAAACCCUACAUGUGAAAAAGUAUGGCCAGACUAUUGCAGCUGACUUCGUGGCGGGAGCAGAAGUGCUUAAUGUAGACGGCGCUGACGACCAUGACAACAAUGAAGAUCAGGCAUCGGACGAGAGUGACGGUGGAGAAUGGGUGGAUGUUGACCAUAGCGAGGAAGAAGGUUCUCUGACGCUGGCUGCAGAUGCAGACUGUGGUAAUGGCGACAAUGGUGAUGAGGACUUGAGUGACAACGAUGAAGAUUCUGGUGAGCCCGAUGGCAGAGUGGCUAAUAAUGAGGACCAAAAAUCGAUUGCGUCCAGUCCGGCUGUUCUAAGUCUGGAGGAGCGACGGGAGAAGGCCAAAUUGAUUUCCGCUACAAGAAUUUUAUCUCAAAAAGAGUUCGCUCAAGUGCGCCAGGUUCAGCUUGCCAAGAAGGUCGAUGCCGCUUUGCCUAAAAGGUUCCUGAAGAAAAAAAACGAAAUACCGGCGGCAGAUGAUAUUAAAGGAGGCACGGCUAAUUUGAUUGUGGAUCCUACUGUACGGAAAGAGACAGUACAACUAAGAGACAUCGAAAAAUUGUCAAAAAAUCUCAAAAAUGACAAGGCAGCUAGAAUGGCUUCUAUUCAAGCCGGUCGUGAGGGCCGAGAGAAAUUCGGGGGGUACAAACAAACCAAGGCGGAGUACGCCUCGCUAAGCAAUAAACAAAAACGAAAAACCAAAACCUAUAAUAUGAUCAAACAUAAAGUCGGAGCUAAGGUGAAGAGGAGUUUUCGGGAUAAGCAGCUCGCUCUCAAAGCGUCUCUCAGGAAGAUUAUCAAGCAUAAAUAUUGACUCGAUAGUUUCAUAUGUUACACUGUUUAUAUAUCUGUGUCACAUGAAGUGAUAUUGUUAGUACGAUUUACCUUUGCCGCUAUAUGUAGUGCAUAUCUUUCCAGAUAUCUAGCGGAAGAAAACCUAUAAUAUGUAAAAAGUAAUUACUUUAAAAAUGUGCUGAAUACUUAUAAAAUGUUUAAACUUAUGCGGAUCA